CCGGCCGGACCGCGCGCCUGGCUGCCCGGCGCGUUGCUGCUGCUCCGCCCCGCGGCGCCGGCGGACCUGGAGGACAGGUCCACCAGGAAAUAGCAAGGCUGUGGUGGCUUGGCACUCAGCCCACAGCCUCCCCACUGAUGUGGACCCCCGACUCUGCCCGUCACCCCAUCUGAGACCGGACACCAGCAUCAGACCUGGCCCCGCAGCCGCCCAGCAUGUCACAGCGGCACUCGGACAGCUCUUUGGAGGACAAGCUCCUGGAAUACCGUUUCCACUCCGAGCUGCAGCUCGAUGCCAAUGGGAACCCCGCAUCUGGUCUCCCCAUGGUCCGGGGCUCCCUUAGGGCAAGGACCAAUGCUGCCUUCGAGCCCGAGGCCUCAGUGCCACCGGCAUCGUCCACAGAGGACAAGGAGUCGCGGCCUAUUAUCUUGAGCACGCAGAGCCCCGCGGCCCUCAAGAUGGGCACCCAGCAGCUCAUCCCCAGGAGCCUGGCCGUGGCCAGCAAAGCCAAGACCCCAGCACGACACCAGAGCUUUGGGGCAGCCAUGCUCAGCAAGGAGGCGGCCCGGAGGGACCCGCAGCUCCUCCCGGCACCCAGCUUCUCCCUGGAUGACAUGGACAUGGACGCAGGCCCCAGGGGAAUGCUGAAGCGCAACCUGAGGAAUCAGUCCUACCGGGCGGCAAUGAAGGGCCUGGGGCCACCAGGCGGUAAGGGGGACGCCGUCCAGCUCAGCUCCAAGCUCCAGGCUCUAGCCGAGGAGUCCAGCCAGCCGUCAGCCCGCUGUCCAGCCAAAAACAAGAAGACCCUGGGGCGGAAGCGUGCACAAAAGGGCUCCUUCAAGGACGACCCCCGGUUCUACCAGGAGAUCCGGGAGCGGGGCCUGAACACCAGCCACGAGUCCGACGAUGAUGUGCUGGAUGAGCCCCCGAGCCCUGAGGGGGCCCGGAGAGUGGACACCACCAUCGUCGUCAAGAGCUACCGGCCCGCUCAGGUCACCUGGAGCCAGCUCCCGGAGGUGGUGGAGUCAGGCAUCUUAGACACGCUGUCCCCGGAGGAGCGCAAGAGGCAGGAGGCCAUGUUUGAGAUUCUCACGUCUGAGUACUCCUACCUGCACAGCCUGAGCAUCCUGGUGGCCGAGUUCCUGCAGUCCCAAGAACUGCGGGCAGCCAUGACGCAGAUGGAGUACCACCACCUCUUCUCCAACAUCCUGGACGUGCUGGCCGCCAGCCAGAAGUUCUUCGAGGCCCUGGAGCAGCGGCACAAGCAGCAGGUGUGCGUGGAGGACAUCAGCGACAUCCUGGAGGAGCACGCCGAGCGGCACUUCCACCCCUACGUGGCCUACUGCGCCAACGAGGUCUACCAGCAGCGCACUCUGCAGAAGCUCUCGACCAGCAACGCCACCUUCCGCGAGGUCCUGAGGGAGAUCGAGAAGCGGCCUGCGUGCGGAGGCCUCCCCAUGAUCUCCUUCCUCAUUCUCCCCAUGCAGAGAGUCACCCGGCUGCCCCUCCUCACCGACACACUCUGCAUCAAGACUCAGGGUCAUCCUGAAAGGUACAAGGCCGCCAGCCGGGCACUGAAGGCCAUCAGCAAGCUGGUGAAGGAGUGCAAUGAGGGAGCCCACAGGAUGGAGCGCACGGAGCAGAUGUACACGCUGCACACGCAGCUGGACUUCGGCAAGGUCAAGUCCCUUCCUCUGAUCUCCGCCUCCCGCUGGCUGCUGAAGCGGGGGGAGCUGGUCCUGGUGGAGGAAACUGGGCUUUUUAGGAAAAUCGCCAGCCGGCCGACGUGUUACCUAUUCCUGUUCAGUGACGUAUUGAUCAUCACCAAGAAGAAAAGCGAGGAGAGCUACCUGGUCCAGGACUACGCCCAGCUGGAGCACGUGCAGGUGCGGAAGCUGGAGCCGGCGGAGCCCUCUCUGCCGGCGGGCGGCAGCCGCAGCUCCUCUGUGCCCCACCCCUUCCAGGUGACCCUGCUGCGGAACAGUGAGGGUCGCCAGGAGCAGAUCCUGCUGUCCUCGGACUCCGCGAGCGAUCGCGCCCGUUGGAUCACAGCGCUCACUCACAAGGAGAGGCAGUGGCAGGGCCUGGACAGCAAAGGAGAGCUGCCCCAGGUGGAGAUCACCAAGGCCUACUUCGCCAAGCAGGCGGAUGAGAUCACGCUGCAGCAGGCGGACGUGGUCCUGGUCCUGCAGGAGGAGGACGGGUGGCUGUACGGAGAGAGGCUGCGGGACGGAGAAACGGGUUGGUUCCCCGACGGCUUCGCCCAGACCAUCACCAGCCGCGUGGCCGUGGAGGACAAUGUCCGCCGGAUGGAGCGCUUGCGGGUGGAGACGGACGUGUAGCUGGCCCAAGACCCAGCCUUGACCGAGACGCUGCUCCGCCCGGCCCCGCGCACGCGGCGGCCUUGUGCCCAGGGCGCUGCCCUGGCCCCGUGCGCCCAGACAUGGGGCCAAGCGCAGGCUGUGUGCGCUCUGCGGAAGGAAGAUGGCCGCGGGCACCCAGGACAGUUCUCAGGGCACGGCUCCUGCAGCGCCGGCCCCAGCCGGCUCCAGAUGGGCCCAGCUUUCUGGUCCCCGUGCGCCCUCCUCGCUGGACACCGAGGGGCGGCUGUGCCCUAGCUGGCCAUGACAGAGGACCACAGUCUCGGGUGGGCACCACGGCCUCUUGCCCGAUUGGCGCCCAGAGCGUGCCGGGCGCCCUGUGCUGACGGACGGCGGGAGGAGGCGCCCGCAGGCAAGCUGGGGCUUCAGAGGUUUAAACGACAGAUGGCAUUAAAAUUGAGAUGU